GUCAAACUGCCCUUUGUACGAGUACUACAGUACAACGACGGAUUGACCACGACCCGAACUCGUUCUGUAGAUCACCCCAUCUCUCAAACUUCCCUCAUCGGCGGUGCCGACGACGACAACAACAACAGUGAGGAGGGCUGCUGCGACGUCUUUUUUGCAGCCCUCGAUUCUAUCUCAAUCCCGUUCCCAUAGUCAAAUAUCUUUACCCCUCGUCCCUGCCUGCCCAUCUUGCAGUGUCUGCACCGGUUGACAGACAAUAUGCUCGGUCUUGUCGACCAUCCAGGCUGCGAGACUAUUCCAGGUGAUUGACUGCUUGGGGGCGGAUGCAUUUCUUUAGACGAUCCUCAUCUACCAUUUGUUCAACUGGGCUCGGGUUUCAUCCUACGCUUUUGCGCUAAUUGCAGCCCGUUCAACAAGGGGUCCGCGUAGCCCAGCCGAAGAGAGGCUCUGUGAACCUCAAAAAGUACAAACACCACCCGACGAAGGCUUGUCUGAGGGCUUCCGACUCCUUCAUGGCGCCUGUUCCCUCCCAUCAGAAGGCAGGGCGCUCGGUGCCACGAAACAUCCAAACGCACCUGACCCCGAACGAGGACCGGCAGAGCACCACCGACCUGAACCGUCCCCUUCCUCCACCUCCCGCCUCUGCUUCGAUCGAGACCUACGAGAUCCCGAGCCUUCGGAGAAAGCCUGUCCCCGGCCAACUGGAGCCGGAGUCGUCCAAACCCAGCCACAACCGGUCGUUCAGUCACCCAUUCCCUUCGAUAUUUGGUUCUAAGAGAUCUGAGAAAAAGCAUAACGCACGGGGAGAGCCCGAGGUCACAGCAAGUGGUAGCAAGGACAACCGGCAGGAGGAUAAUAGAUCCAAGCCUCCCACCACUGAAGCCGCUGCGCAUCGCGGGGAUCGACAGCCUGUGACGGGGAAAUGCAUGACCUGUGACUCGACUGUACGCUGGCCUCAAGGGCUCAAAGUGUUCCGAUGUACUACUUGUUUAACAAUCAACGAUCUCGAGUUCAACCCGGAGAGAGAAGCAGCUGAUGGCGCGAGCGUCUCUGGCCCACCUCGCCGAUCGAUGCCGUUGUCCCUGGACAGAACAAGAUCACUUAUUGAUCGAUGUAUGAGGGAAUAUCUCGAGCGACUUCUCGAACCAAAAUUCGAACAAGAGCGGGCGGUUGAAGUUCAAGCCCACUCACCACCUGAAGAAUCAUUUCUCCUAGCAGGAACUCCUCCAGAAAGAGCUCUCUUUGGACAGCUUCAGGAUGAUGUAGACUCUCCUCCGCCUUCACCGCGACCCCCUACGAAACCACGAAGCCCCUCGGACUCGACCUUGACCACGUUCAAAUCAAAGUCAAAUGGUCUAUCUCCAUUUGUUCAAGGUCAGGCAUCAGAUCCAUUUUCAAGCUCCGUUCCAGCGCAAACUCGGCUGCCGGAGAGCAGCGCCCGUGACGCAGCGUGCAACACCCCUGGAAUGACGAAUGACAUCUUCCGUAUGGUCGAGAAUUACGUAGCUAACUCUUUCAUCGGGUGCGCUAAUCUCAACAACUCAUUUCUUACCCCGAGACCUCCCCAGGAGUCCAAGGGCGAGCCAAAGCCCAGAACAGGUUCGAGCACGCAGCAAAGACGACAAAUGUCUGAGCCGAUAUCUGCUCCGCAAUUUGAAUCAGAAGUUUUCCUGUCAGAUCUCGAUGCCAAAACUUUGCUCUUAGGAGAUGUCGCUGAGAAUGGAUCUUGGUGGCUGGGAGCACCAGGCGGACGAUCAGACGCAUCACAUCACCGAGAUCGCUCUCCGGACAAAGUGCGUGGCUCCAAUAGUUCACGAAAUGUCAGGAUCAAUUGGUUAGAGCUCGCCGAGUGGUAUCGUUGCAUAAUAUAUGCUGGUGAGGGAUGGGAGCAGAGUUGGAAUGAAAUGAAGUCCCACACAGAAGGCACAGUGCAACAACAUUGCCAGUCGAUACCUCUCGAGAGUCUGCAGCGAGACAUCAUCGAGUCUCGUAUCCAUCUCCACCGGAGCUUAUUGAAAAUGACCGAGAAUCUACUGAAACGGCCACGACAGCCUCUGAAGCAUCCAGAAGAUUGUCGAUUUCUUUUGAUAUUGCUCUCAAACCCACUGCUAACUCCGCAAAGACUGGAAGCUGGGAAGAUGUUCGGUACAACUUUAUCGCAUCCACCUACGGCGGCGAGCCGAUCAAAUGAAGAUAGAGCUAGAAGCUCCCCAGCCAGACGUAAUCCGAGCUCUGGUCGGCGGCCUGGAAGUCUUGGCCAUCACUCAGGAAUCAUCAAGCGCAUUCUAGGCCUUCUCUCUAAUUUGCCCAACGAAAUACAUCAGUCUCUUGUUUCUUGGUUUGCCAAAUACUCUGAUGGCCAUUUUCAACGUACCGUGGAGCUGGUUGGAAGUUUCGUCACGUACCGCUUGUCGCGGCAACAAAAGCGUCCUACGCACGAGCCGAUCAAUCCUACCGCUGGUCUUGUUCCCAGUUUCUCGGGCAGUGGGAUGCAACAUGCGUCUCAAAUCCACGCAGCUCUAGGGGGUCGAGCGUCGUCUACAUCAGGGGGCGACAACGAUGGCAAGCCUAAACUCGCCUUGUAUGGAGAAGACUGGCAGGUUCGUGCAGCAGCAAGGGUGAUGGCUCUCCUGUUUCAAGCAAACAUUGGACAUGCAGCUCGAAAAAAGGAUGCACACAAUACCCACGAUCAAAGGCAUCAGAGUCCGGGUCAGAAUGCUAGACAUCAAGCAAACCGUCAUGGUCAGAUCGUACCAAUUAGCAACUUUUACAACACAAUGCUGGACUAUGCGGAUUUGGUUGCUGACUUUGAGACAUGGGAGACAACCAAGACCAAAUUCACCUUUUGCCAGUACCCGUUCUUCCUCAGCAUAUAUGCCAAAAUCCACAUCCUCGAACACGAUGCUCGAAGGCAAAUGGAACUCAAGGCAAAGGAGGCUUUUUUCGACAGCAUCCUAAGUAGGAGGGCUGUCAGCCAAUACCUUGUGCUGAAGGUCCGACGAGAAUGCCUGGUCGAAGACAGCCUGCGCAAUGUUUCCGAGGUCGUAGGCUCUGGUGGCAGCGACAUUAAGAAGGGCCUACGCAUCGACUUUCAAGGAGAGGAGGGCGUUGACGCUGGAGGACUUCGCAAAGAAUGGUUUCUUCUGUUGGUACGGGAGAUUUUCGAUCCUAACCACGGUCUCUUCGUAUACGAUGACGAUUCCCACUUCUGUUACUUUAACCCUUAUUGCUUCGAAUCCUCGGAACAAUUCUUCCUAGUCGGGGUACUCUUGGGCCUGGCGAUAUACAAUUCGACCAUCCUCGAUAUCGCAUUUCCUCCUUUCGUCUUCAAGAAGAUGCUCGCGUCCGCUCCGAUGACAGGGGACAAACUCACAUCUACCACAAGGGUCGGCCACAGCUACACUUUGGAAGACCUGGCAGAAUUCCGCCCAGCACUUGCACGAGGGUUGCGGCAACUUCUUGAGUUUGAAGGUGAUGUUGAAGAGACGUUUUAUCGAGAUUUCGUUGUGGAAAUGGAGCGAUAUGGCGAGGUCAUCCGGGUUCCCUUGUGUCCUGGCGGGGAGAAACGACCAGUGACAAACUCCAACCGGAGAGAAUUUGUGGAUCUCUACAUCCAUUAUCUCCUCGAUACAUCGGUCACUCGACAAUAUGAGCCCUUUAAACGCGGCUUCUUUACUGUCUGUGGAGGCAACGCGCUGUCGCUAUUCCGACCUGAGGAAAUUGAAUUACUGAUACGUGGUUCUGAUGAGCCGCUGGACAUUGCUAGUCUUCGUGCAGUCGCCACGUAUGAAGGAUGGUCCAAGAAUGAAGGCCCACCGGACAAACAGCCCCAGGUCAUCUGGUUCUGGGACUUUUUUGGGCGAGCGACUCCAGGCGACCAGAGAAAGAUAUUGACUUUCAUAACGGGCAGCGAUCGCAUCCCGGCCAUGGGGGCCACGAACCUGAUCAUUCGCAUUCAGUUGCUCCGCCUCAAGGACGAGGUUGACGGUCUUGGCCGGGGGCCGCCUAGAAAGAGCAUCGAGAGGUUUCCAAUUGCCAGGACAUGCUUCAACACCUUGAGCUUGUACAGAUAUAGCAGUCGUCAGAAAUUGGAACAAAAGCUUUGGACGGCAGUUACGGAAAGUGAAGGGUUUGGAUUGAAGUAACCAAAUCAGAGGCUUGCGGGCGACUGGUGACGCCAACGCGUUCGAUGAUUGAAAUGACUAUAAGACAAAGGGUUUGGGAUUGACCAGGUUGGAUUCGCCUUGGGGUCCAAACCGACGAGAGAAGGAGCUGGAAAGAAAAGUUGGCAUAUCGAGGUAGGGGAAAGAUUCACAUUGGCAUGGGUAUGGGUAUUGAUUAGUAUUUGACUAAGCCCGCGAUUGACAUGGAAUGGCAUGGCAUUGCAUGGGGGAUCAUGAAAGCAAGGCGUUUCGAAGUGCUGCUAUAAGAGCCAGAGAAGAGAGAGAGAGAAAAAGAUUCGAGAGUCAUCAGGAUAACGAUAGUCUUUUCUAUGAGAAAAAAAAAUGCCCACCUUUGGAUAUCCAGAAGGGAAGAGAACCCAUGUUGAUGUCGAAAAGACGAGGUUUCGUCCUCGAUACAAAAGAUG